ACAUUAACAAAAGCAAAAUGGCAGAAUGCAGACGUUGAGCAAACGCGUACCGUAAGAAUCGAGUGAAAAUAGUUGCAAUUUUAUUAAUUAUCCCAUUGUUGAUUGGUGUAAAAUAGUCGGAAGUGUGCUGCUGAGUUGUGGUUCUCUUCGGCGUACGAAUUUAUCGGUCGGAAAUGCGUUUGCGUGUGGUCGCAGUGUUUUUACAAAAAGUGGCAAAAUAUCCACAGUGAAAUCGCUGUGCGGCUGGGCUUUUGUGUGUAAUGGAAAAGAAUGUGUAAUUAAACUAAGGUUAUUCAAUAACUCCUGGAAAACACUGCUUGGACAUUGUGUUGGGUAGAGGAGGGAACGUCCACGGUAGCGGAAGAACAACCGAGGAAUGACAAAACUUUUCUCGACAGCAGUGAAGCGAGAGGAGUGAGAUUUUUGAAGCUCCUGGAUAUAAUAUUACUUAUAAAAAAUGAUUCGACCGCAUUUUGAUCCACCGUUGGAUUAUCAACAGCAGCAACAGCUGCAGCAACAACAGGCGGCUGCACAACAACAGCAAAUAUCCAAAAUCGUCAGCAGUCCGCCGCCGACAAUCGUUGGCACACCAAAUGGGACAACAAUGUGCGUGGCGAAACUACUGGUCGGGUUGGACCACGCUCCGAUGUCAUUUAACGUUCGACACAGGAUAAUCGGAGAUGGUGGAACUAAUCUGAACUACAUCCGCCAGGAAACUGGGGCUAUGGUUUCGCUUCGAGGCAGAGGCUCGCUUGCUAUCGAACCACAAACCGGACAGGAAGCUCCCGAGCCGUUGCAAUUAUGUAUUGAGCAUCCCACGUUGGAUGGAUUGCAAAGUGCGAAACAGCUAGCCAAAAAUCUCAUUGAGACUCUCCAAGAAGAGCUAAAUCUGUUUCAGGAAAACAUUGUCCCGAAACAAAAUUAUCAAGUUAUUCAACAACCGACGCUAGUCCAAACUACUCAGGUACCCCAAAUGCCUCCGAUGAUCCGUGCUCAGCAUGUAGCUCAACCUAAUGGAAUAAUUCAUCAGCCGCCGCCACCUGUGUUACCGCCCCAAGGAUUCAUUCAGCAUGCCCAAAGUCAACCUCCCCCUCCUCAAAUCAUCCAACAACCACCUACCAUUAUCCAAUCCCACGUUCCAAUGCAGCUGCAUUCACAGCCAAGCAAUGUGGUCAUCUCUCAAAUCCAAACUGCACCACAGAUUACCAACGUCAGUAAUCCUCCCCCUGGAACACAGAUUAGGCCUCCUAUGAUGCACCUGAAAAAUGCAGGUCCGCCACAUAUGUCUCAGCCACCCCCCAAUAUUCAGCUGACUCAAACAGCAGAAGCUCCACAGCAAAUAUUGGUUAAUCAAGCACCGCCAUAUCAGGUGCAAUAUAUCCAACAAAAUCCUUCAAUCCAGACUAGUAGUGCUCCACAUCAAACCGGACAGGUUACAAUCCAACAUGUCAUACAACCCCAACCUCAGCCGAUACAAGGAAUAGUUCAAACUACUAUGCCUCCUCCGCAGUUCGACCAAUUUCAAAGGCCCCCUCAAGGUCAGCAGAUAAUUGCCGUGCAAGGUAGUACGGCUUUUAUGGUUCCUCCACCAAAUAUAAUCCAUCAAACAGUAGCCCCACAACCACAAAAUCAAAUCAUUGUUCAGUCUCAACCUAUUAUAACACAUCCACCUCCAAACUCAAUUCCACAAGAACUUGUACAAACGACUAUGCAACCUACAAUUGCACAAUCGGCCUCCCUUGGACCACCUCCCAUGGCUCAAGUUCCGAUGCUAGUUAAUAACGCCGAGGAUAAGAAACCCGGCGAAAUGCAAAUCAAGCAGGAUCUUGUAAAACUCGAAGAAGGCCCGCCUCCUGGAACCAUAAUUCAGCAAAUAACCAAGCCAACUGUGAUCCCUGUGUCCUCGAUGCCAGGUAUUCCGCUUAGUCAACCUCCACCGCCAAUAAUGUCGGUUCCGCCGCCAACCGUACAGCACAUCGUGGGGAAUACGAUUAUCACUUCCCAGGCAAAUCCUCCCAUAAGUCAUGCUAUUCCACAGCAAAUUUACAGUCAGAUACCCGUGUCGAUACAAUCGUUCCAACCUGCGCCGCAACAAAUACACAUGAAUGGAAGCACUCACUUUGUCGUAAAUGCCCCGCACCCGUGGCCACCGAGUGGGCCCACCAAUCCGCCCCCGCAGAUCCAACAGGUGCCGGUAAGCUCCAUGCAGAAUAUUCAGUUCACGACGCAAACCAUGCGCAAUCCGAACGAAUUUCAAAUCAUCAGCCAACCAACGAUCAUCAGUGCCGCAGAAUAUCGGCCACCGCCGCAACAGCAGCAUAUUAUCACGACCAGUUCAUUUAAUCCUCAAUUGCAACCCCCACCAGGAGUGCAAGUGUUCCAUACCGUCCCACCACCAACCCAGCAGAUCAUUACUAGCAUACCUAAUCCACAACCCCAGACGCAAAUAAUCGAAGCUCCGCCGCAUCCGGUGCCCCCACCGCACCCGGCAGCAACGCAUCAGAUUAUAACCACACCGGUGCCUCCGCCACCGCCUCCAUUCACCACCACGGUGCAGUACUCGGCACCACAUGAGCCAAAGCCAAUGACAAUUGACGUACAACAACACCAGAUGCAUGGCAUGCGGUCUGGCCAGAAACGCAAACAUCCAGAUGAGGAAAUCCUGAAAAAUAUACCUCCCAAAAUGGGGAUGGGGAUGAUUCAAAACAGCAAUGCCGGUCCGGUGACAGCCAAAAAUACGAUGUCUUCAACGUCAACGGCAACGGUCACAACGUCGUCGACAUCCGGUGGUCUAAUAACAUCGCAAAUUUACUCUGCAGCUUCAACAGAUGAUUUGCAACAGUUGGACGUUGGUACUAAGUCGGGAAACGAGCAGCAGUCCGGCGGCGAGCACAACGCCGAAAACUUUGGCGGCGCCGGCGUCGGCAACAACAACAUGCAUAGCGGACCGAAGCAUGGCCAGAGUGGGUCAUUGCAGCAACACAUGGGUGGACAUUCUAGAGGACGUGGCAUGUAUCGCAUAAAUCAACCUUACUAUGCGAAUAACAACAAUGCCAAUGGACGUAACAAUAGUAAUGGCAACUAUCAGUUCAACAACUUUCAACGGGUUUACGAACCCAGCCCUUCAGCGCAACCACCAUCAGCGAAGUGUCGUUGGUAAAUUGUCGCAGAAACAUGGCAAGGCGCCAAUGAUCUAUUACAAACUGUUGUAAUUCUAGUUUGUUGACAAUUUUAUGUGAAUAAUACAAGUGCUCGCGGAAAGUUCGUUGAGCAGCAAUUAUUAACGCUACUACAUAAUUUAUUGCUGAACUGUACAUAUUGAUAAUUUGUUCCUAGAAUGAACUCUUGGUAGACUUAGAAUGUGUUAUUUAAAAAUAAAAGAUAUUAUUUUUGGUGAAAA